AUGCUUGUCGCGACGUCGUUCGGGUGGGUGGCCAAACAGGUUGACCUGCUGACGGGCGAGAAGGGUCGUGGUGUGGUGAGCAUCGAGAACAUCAAGGCAAAGGGGCUGCGGUCGUUGCGAGACAGCAUGGUGGAGUACAUCUGCAAGCGCAUCGCCGAAAAACGCUCUGCGGCGCCGACAUCACAACCCGCCGACAGUGUGAUUGAUGACGACGGCGCGGAAAGACAGAAUGCGCCCCAAGCAGCAGUUGCCGCCCAGCAUCAGGGGAACGCGAGGGAGGAGGCGGCAUGCGAAGGUGGGAAGGUGUCGGUCGACGCUGGCGAAGCGGCGAACACCACGGGCGUGCAGGAGACGGGGGACGCUUCUGGUAGGCAGGGUAAUGAGCUGGACGACGUCGAGCAGGUGCGACGGGAGAACUGGCUGUUGAGGGCGGAGAACGCUCGGCUGGCGACGUUGCUCGAUGCGGAGCAGGCUCGGCUGGACAGGUUUUUUGCUGGGAUACGUGGACUCGUCGACCACGUGAAGGAGUUGGCAGAGCAGGACUUCGACAACCCGCAGGGUCGUGUGGCAGUUGCACGCGCGGUAGCGGUCGACGCGUUGGCCGAGCAUGUGACUGGGGUGGUGGGCGAAGCGCAGCGGGGUUUGGAGCUGUACAUCACGACGCAACUAUCCGCCGCGCAGGUCAACAUCGCCACCGCUGUGACCACCAGGCUCCCCGUGCAGCCGCCGCCACCGCCUCCGCCCACGCCGCCCGCCCUCCCGGAAGAGCUCUUGAAGUCGUUCAAGGCCGACAUUAUGAAGGCGGUGACGGAGGCCACCCAGCAGUCUUUCGUCGCUUCCGGGAUGAAGAUGAUGGCCGAGAUGGUCGGCACUGUGGCGCCUGGUCGACGUGGGUCGUCGCCGUCGGCCAAUGACGCCGAUCACGCGCAACGGAAGACGGCCGAGAAGCAGGGCCUGAAGAGGACGGGCGACGGAGACGACAAGGAGAGCGCGAAGGGCGACGCGAAGCAGAGCAAGGGAUCGGACGGGAGCCGCGGCUCGAAGCCUGCGCCACAGAGCGUGGUCGACCAGCUGAAGACGAAGGCGGGGUGGAGGGUGAUAAGGACGUCGAACACCAAGGGUGGCGGAAGCGGGACGGCAGAGGGUGGCCCUGCCGACGGGGUUGCCGCUAACGUCGCCGCUCAGCCAGGCCCGCCUUUGGUCGCCGAGCAGACCCAUCCUCAGGCGAGCGGUGGGAAAGUCGUGACCGACAAGGAGGUCCCAACUGCUCAGGCGGCGAAAGAUGGCGGCGCCGGAACCACCAAGGGACCGUCCGUCGCUGUGGCGGCCAAGGGCAACGCGAAGGCUGCUUCUGCUACGGUCGCCGGCACCACCAAGUGCCCUCCCCGUAACCCCCCUGCGGCUACCAGCACGCCUGCCGGCCAGUCAGGUGCGACCAAAGAUGGGGAGGCCCGUGCGGCCCCUCCAGCUCCAGGAGCCCCGGCUGCCGGCAAGGGCGGCGCGAAGGUUGCUUUGGCUAAUGGCGCUGCUCCGGCAUCAGCUAAGGGGCCCCCCGGUGCUGAUGCGCUCAGGGAGAUGCUCCGCCGCAUGGAGGCACAUAGCAGGGACGUGCAGCAGCAUCCCGUGGUCGACGCCGGCCUUGCCGGAACAGCACGUCGCUCCGUCACUCCGCAGGUUGCCGGCACAUCGUCCGGGGCCCCACCUGCAGCGCAUCCGGUCGCCGCCCCACCGCCUGCGGACCCCAAGUCAGCAUUUCUGCGCGCCCAUUUAGUCGGAUGCAAAGCGGCUGCUCCACCGGUGACUCAGCAGGAACACGGCAAAAGCGCGACGACGACGUCGGUAAACGCGACCGCACCCUCACUAGGUGAAGCUGUGGUCGAUGCGGCGGCGGAGAGGGGAGUGAGUGCAGCGCUAGCCACCGGCGGCCGCGCCGACAAGCAUGCCGAACUCGCUCCCGUCCUGGCCCAUUUUGAAGCAGCAAAACGCCCUGAGCACGCCCCUGCUCUGGCCAUCAUGGACACGGCGCAUGUGGAGCCGUCGGCGACCCACGGUGGGGGAUCGGCGGAGCCGACGGCUGCAACAGGUGCUGUCGCCGAGAGAAAUGCGGGAGGGAAGGGGAAGGUCGACACCGGGAAAGGGAGGGCGGUCUCUCAGAGGAAGGGAGUCCCUCCAUCCAACAUUGCGUAA